AAAACGAAGAGCGUGUUAUAAAUGCUUUGCAAGAUGAUAAUAUAACCAUAUUAUUAAAAAAUAUUAAUGAAGAAUUAAUGACUAAGAAUGCUGAAAUAGAUGAAGAUGAUGUAACUGUAGAUAUAAACAACAAGGAAAAUCAAAACAUCCAUGAAUGUCUUCCUAUGAAAAGAAAAGGAAAUCGAGAUACUGAUGAUAUACGAGCACCAAAACUGAUGAAAGAAAAAAAAACUAGACACACUUUAGUUAGUGAAGACGAUAUAAAGAUGGAAAGAAUUAAGCACAUAAUGGAACAAGAGAAAGAAAUAGCUGAUAUGCGAAAAGUUCACGAGGAAAAAUUGAAUAAAAUGAAAGAAGAGUUUCAUAUUGAAUUAUAUUCUUUAGAAAUUCGAACCGCUCGUGCAAAAUCUGAGCUUGCAGAGUUACAGUUGCAGAAAGAGAAAGAAAAUAUGAAA